AUGGCAACCAAAACCAUCAAGCCCAAGGCCACAGGCGUGGCACAACGCAGCCGAACUGGCUGUCAAACUUGUCGCAACCGAAAGCUCAAGUGUGAUGAGGCAAGACCUGUCUGCGGGCAAUGCCAGAAAUCACACCGUGAGUGUAUACGCUCGGAGGGCGUUACCUUCCGCCACCAUCAGAACGCUGCCUUUGCCAGAGAGGGCCAAGAUCAUUCCCUCGACAGCUUCUACAAGUACGCGCAGUCGUACACAGAGGAGGAAGUGCGUACUUUCCUGCCAGUGCCAAAGAACUUGACCUGGAUCUACGUGACGGACCCGACUGCGGAAGACUCGACAACACCACCACCGCAGGCGCAGACACCAUCCGAUUCGUACCAGCAAGUCGCGGCGCACACAUUGGAAGCUCUGUCGACGGCCGCCGCUGACCACAUCUCGUACCCGCCUCAGGCGACGGCAUAUUACACAUCAGUGACUUCUCAGGAUGCGCACCCUGACUAUGCUUUUGUUCGAGGCGAGUCAGCAAAUGGAAAUGGCGGACAAGGCAACCAGAUCAAUCUCCUACUGAACCCGCAAGGACAGACUCCGUCUUCUCUGAUUGACCCCAAUCUCGAGGCCACCGUGGCACAUGCCGCUGAACAAGCGAUUGAUAUGAAAGGCAACGCCAGGGCAGAAGACCACUUUGAGAUACAGCAUCCAGACGACAUGCAAGAACAACACGAUCACCAGGAAGAAGCCAUGGGCGAUUCCGAUGUUGCAAUGCUGAGGAAAUACAACGAAGCACAGGCCUAA